UGCCGGUUAUCGGCAUUCUCUCCCCACGAGCUGUCAUGCUGGCAGCUCAGGGGACAUGUACACUGAUCAUCAGAGCACUGAUGAUCAGUCCCCAGCAGCGCCACCUGUCAGUGUCCAUCAGUGCCAGCUCUGUGUUCAUCCAUGCCACCUCAAUGCCACAUACAGUGCCCAUCUGAGCUGUCUUUCAGUGCCACCUACCAAUGCCAGUCAGUGCCACCUAUCAGUGCCAGUCAGUGUCGCCUAACAGUGCCAGUCAGUGCCACCUAUCAGUGCCAUAUACGAGUGCUGCCU